UAUUUUAUUUUUAUCCCUGUAAUUAUUUGUCGGGGUUCUCCAGCCGGAUCCCGGCGGAAAAGGUGGAUCGCUUCUCAGAGGGUCCCCGCGGCUCCUGGGGAAGGUUGCUGACACUGUGGCUGCAGUUUACCCACGAGAUAUCAACCAAACAUUAGGAUUUGAAGAACCACUUGGAUAGGCACAGUUCCUCACCCAGCAUGCCUUUCAAAGCUGGAUUAGAACUGACCGAAUUGCAGAAUAUGACUGUCCCUGAAGAUGAUAACAUCAGCAAUGACUCAAAUGAUUUCACAGAGGUGGAAAAUGGCCAGAUAAAUAGCAAGUUUAUUUCGGAUCGAGAAAGCAGAAGAAGUCUCACAAACAGCCACCUUGAGAAGAAGAAAUGUGAUGAAUAUAUCCCAGGAACAACUUCACUGGGAAUGUCCGUCUUCAACCUUAGUAAUGCAAUUAUGGGCAGUGGGAUUUUGGGUCUUGCUUUUGCUUUGGCCAACACAGGAAUUCUCCUUUUUCUGCUGCUUUUGGUUUCAGUCACACUGCUUUCUAUUUAUUCAAUACAUCUCCUGUUGGUGUGUUCAAAGGAAACAGGCUGCAUGGUGUAUGAAAAGCUUGGUGAGCAGAUCUUUGGUACCCCAGGGAAAAUGAUUGUCUUUGGAUCUACAUCUCUUCAGAAUGUUGGAGCAAUGUUGAGCUAUCUCUUCAUAGUCAAAAAUGAGCUGCCUUCUGCCAUAAAGUUUCUAAUGGGAAAAGAAGAAACUUUUUCGGAGUGGUACGUGGAUGGGCGAAUUCUUGUUGUCACAGUGACGUUUUGUAUAAUCCUCCCUUUAUGUCUCUUGAAGAACUUAGGAUACCUUGGCUAUACCAGUGGAUUUUCAUUAAGCUGUAUGGUAUUUUUCCUGGUAGUGGUUAUUUACAAGAAGUUUCAAAUUCCCUGUGAUGGACAAGGGCUAAAUGCAACAUCAUCUAUCCUAUCAAAUAGCUCAGAACAUACGUGUAAGCCAAAGUAUGUUAUCUUUAAUUCCAAGACCGUGUACGCUUUGCCCACCAUUGCUUUUGCGUUUGUGUGCCACCCAUCAGUCCUCCCGAUUUACAGCGAACUUAAAGACCGUUCACAGAAAAAAAUGCAGUUGGUUUCAAAUAUCUCAUUUUUUGCCAUGUUUCUGAUGUACUUUAUGACUGCCAUAUUUGGCUAUUUGACUUUCUACGAGAAUGUGCAGUCAGAUCUGCUUCACAAAUACCAGAGCAAAGAUGACAUCCUCAUCCUGACUGUGCGCUUGGCUGUGAUUGUGGCGGUGAUACUCACCGUGCCAGUGCUGUUUUUCACUGUGCGUUCAUCAUUAUUCGAGAUGGCCAGAAAAACAAAAUUUGACUUAUGCCGUCAUGUUUUGGUUACUUUUGUUCUUUUGGUUAUCAUCAACCUGUUAGUCAUUUUUAUCCCAUCCAUGAAGGAUAUCUUUGGAGUUGUAGGGGUCACUUCUGCCAAUAUGCUGAUUUUCAUUCUUCCUUCAUCGUUGUAUUUAAAAAUUACACAGCAGGAUGGAUCAAAGUUGACUCAGAGGAUUUGGGCUUCUCUUUUCUUGGCACUGGGGGUAUUGUUUUCCCUAGUGAGCAUUCCCUUGGUCAUCUAUGACUGGGUACAAUCAGGGGGCAGUGCCGAAGGCCACUGAAGUUCACCUUCUUCUCGAAAGAAGACACCCCUGCCUGCUACACACCAAAAUCGCAACCAUCUGUUCUGUUGUCUAUUCCACCUUUUGUGAGUUUACUCAAAUCAAAUCCAAAUAAUGAUUAUCCAGUACUGAAAAUACUGUCAUGGGAGUAUUUUCUUGCAGAAAACAGACCCAUUCUUCCAACAGGCAUAUCACUCUCUGAUCAGCAAACAGUCUGUGUUAAUUGUCUAUGAGAUUAUAUAGAGCAUCGCUCAUAGAAAUCCAUCACAACUAUUUUCCCCUCUUCCACCC